AAGUUGAUUGUUGAUAAUUCAAAGGUGAUUUAUUUUUAUGUACUAAAUAAUGUUUUUUUUUGUUUUGAUUUACUAUGUUCUAAAGUUAAUUCUUAAUCUUAGUAAUAUUUUUUUUUUUCUAACAGGUAAAUGUUGGUCCUGUGAGGUCUUAUACUAUGAUGAAAGAAUUAGCUGGAUCACAUGAUAAUGUUGGUGCAUCUAAACAAGAUUUCAAAAAUUUUUAUAGAGAUUUGAAGGCUUUUAUUGAUGGAUCAGAUGCCCAAAUGUUUGUGGAUAAUUUUCAAAAUAAGAAAUUGCUAUGGAGUGCAUUUUUUUUUUCCUAUGAUGUUGAUGAAGAAGAUAGACUUUGUAGAGCUUUAUGGGCUGAUCCAAUCUGUCGAAAAAAUUAUGCACUUUUUGGUGAUAUGGUUUCUUUUGAUACCACAUUCAAAACAAACAGAUAUAAUAUGAUCUUUGGUCCAUUUACUGGAGUUGAUCAUCAUAAAAAAUGUGUUACUUUUGCGGCUUCUUUUGUAGCUCAUGAGGAUAUAUCAUCUUUUGAAUGGGUUUUCAAAACUUUUCUUAAAGCAAUGGGAAAUAACGAGCCUGUGUGUUUGAUUACCGAUCAAGACCCUGCAAUGAAAGUUGAUGUUCGUAAUGUUUUUCAAACUACAGAACAUAGGUUUUGUAUGUGGCAUAUUAUGAAAAAGGUGCCUGAAAAAGUAGGUCGGGCGAUUGCCCAAGACACUGAUUUCUUGAAAAAAUUGUGUUCAUGUGUUUGGCAUUUAGAGAUUGAGCCGGCAGAAUUUGAAGAAAAGUGGAACAAAGUUAUUUCAGAAUUCCAUUUGAACGAUCAUGAAUGGUUGGCAUACAUGUACAACAUACGUGAUAUGUGGAUUCCAGCGUAUUUCAGAGAUUUAUUUUUGGGUGGCAUUAUGAGAACCACAUCUAGAUCAGAAAGUGAAAAUAAUUUUUUCACUAUGUUCACAAAUCCCCAUCUCACUUUGAUUGAGUUCUACAUGAGGUAA